CUCUUUGUCUAGUUCACAACCAGUUGACUUCCGUUUCGUGGAGGCAGGCGAGCAGGACUAGCAAGUUCAGGGCGUACCUUUUUUUCUAAACAAAUUUUUUUGCCAGUAGUUAACCUUUUUGAACACAGCAUUAUGACCGACAAAAUGGAUAUGUCAUUAGACGACAUUAUCAAACAGAACAGACAGCAGAGAGGUGGUGGUAGAGGAGGAAGAGGCCGCGGCCGCGGAGGCUUUGGCGGCGGCCGAGGAGGAGGCGCUGGGCGCCUUGGAAUGAGCGGCGCAGGAUUUGGAGGCCGAGGCGGAGGAUCCGGCCCCAUGAGGAACCGGCAAAACACGAACCGCGCCCGAGGCAGACCGACGCCAUACAACAGGCCUAAACAGCUUCCAGAUAAAUGGCAACACGACAUGUUCGACAACGGCUACAGUGGAUACAACGGCGCAGCUGGCGGCGGCGCUGGUGUGGAAACAGGAGGAAAGCUUCUCGUCUCCAAUCUCGACUUUGGUGUUUCUGAUGCAGAUAUUCAGGAACUUUUUGCAGAAUUUGGUACGCUAAAAAAGGCUGCAGUCCAUUACGACCGUUCAGGAAGAAGUCUAGGAACAGCAGAUGUCCACUUUGAAAGAAGGGCUGACGCACUCAAAGCAAUGAAACAGUACAAUGGCAUUCCACUUGAUGGGAGGCCAAUGAACAUACAGCUUGUCACAUCACAGAUUGAUACACAGAGACGGCCAAUGCAGGGAAUGAACAGAGGCGGUGGAAUGAACAGAAACCGUGGGGGCAAUUUUGGUGGAAUGCAGAGAGGAGGGCGCAUCGGAGGUCGUGGCGCAGGCGGUUUCAGAGGACGGGGUCGAGGAGGACGGGGGGCUUCUAGUAAUAAACAACAGCUUUCUGCAGAAGAACUUGAUGCCCAGUUAGACGCCUACAAUGCGAGAAUGGACACCAGCUAAGAAGUGUUGCUGUUCUCCUUGGUCGUCCUUUCUCGUCCUGUUCCGCACAGAAAGGAUGCCUGUUACAAUAGUAUAAUUUGUUUUACAUAUGGUUGUCCUGAUGUGAUUGGUCGUUGCUCCAGCCUCUUAACUGCUCUGAAAUGUUUUUUACCUCUUUUUUUUUUUUUUUUUUUCUGAUGAAAAUGGUUUGUGUCUGUAGGUUCAAAGUUGGAAUUUCCAAAUCCAUUCCUCAAAACUUGUAGUAAAUGAAACUUAUAAUAAAACCUGCAGUGUAUAUAAACCAA